AUGACAAGCAACGAUGACAAGCUCGCGAUAACUUUGAGCCGUUCUUUCCAAACAAAAAACACCACUGGUGGGCUCACGUGUCCCUUCUCUCGAUGGCAAAGUGAACCUCCAGAUGGUAGGCGCAGUUACCCAAUACGAGCAUUCAAAAAAGAGUUCACCACCGGUGUGGCUACAUCUCUUGGUGCUCAUGCUGGGAUUCGAACUCGGGGUACUCACCAAGCUCACUCAAGGACCGAGCAAGAAGACAGGACGCUCGAGACACACGAAAUGAACACCACCGUGCGCAGCUUUUUCCUCUCGGGGAUACAGUACGGGUAUAGAACCCCCAUCUGUGGUCUAGAGAAGUCUGUCGUGGUGGCAUACAUGAAUAAAAUCUUUCCUCACAGAGACAUUGUAGUCAAGUUGGAGUGUAUUGUCCCCCGAAGACUUACGCCCGAGGAGGAGAAUGGGCUCGAGAAGCUCCGCGCCGGAAAUGAUCCUACAGAACAGCACGAGGGCGGAGGCGCAGAUCACGUCAAAGUGAAUGGGGAUCUCGACUCAGAGGGGAUGCAGCAGGCGAAAGAAAAGGAGUAUCUCCCCUAA